AUGAGCUGGUACCCUCCGCCUGAUCCGUACUACGGCUACGCGCCACCCGCGCAAGCCCCGCCCCCAGCCCAGUCCUACUACGGCUACCCUCCUCCCCCUCCCGCCGCCUACCCCGCCGCCUACCCUCCCGCGCCGCGCUACGACUACCCUCCGCCUCCAGCGGCAUACGGCGCGUACCCACCCGCACAGCCGAGCUACCACCACUACUCGUCGCCUCCCCCUCCGCCCGCCCCUCCUCCCCUCAAAGAAGGCGAACUCCGUCCGCCGCCCGACGUCGCCCAAGACCCCAACUCGUUCAGACGGUACUUUACUCAGCAACUGCAGGGAUUGACGUUCAAUUCCAAGCCGAUCAUCACGAGCUUGACUUUGUUCACGCACGAACAUGUCGUCAGGAUGAGCGGGGUUGUUGCGCAGUGCAUGGAGGAGCAUCUCAGGACGUGCCCACCCCACUACGUCCUCCCCGCCUUCUACCUCCUCGACUCGAUCUCGAAAAACAUCGGUCCGCCCUACCUCGCCCUCUUCUCGCGCUUCAUCGAACGCAUCUUCCUAUCCGCCUACCAUUCCGUCGACUCGUCCACCAAGACCAAGCUCGAGGAACUACUCGGGACGUGGAAGACUGGAGGAGCGGAUGGAGGAGAGUUGUUUAGGAUGCCGGGGGAGGAGGGAGAGGGAGGGAGAGUGCAGAGGGGGAUUGAGGGGGCGAUUUUUGGGGCGAGGGGGAGGGGGGACGGGUUGGGUGGGAAGACGAGUAGCGAGGCGGAGAUGUACAACGCUGGGGUCCAGCAACUUCCCCACGUCGCCACCUCGACCGAGCGUUCCGGCGUCCUCUACGACGUCCGCCGCCUCCUCUCUCUGCGGCAAGACGCAGCCACCACGAACCCCUCGGACCAAAUCAACGCGUCGCAGAUCCUCGCGCUCAAGAAACUCGAGUCGCUCAUCCUCAACACGCAAUUGACGACGGAGCAGGUCAAUCAGAUUCGUGGACAACUUGCGGCGUUGGCUCCCCCGCAGGCGCAGAGGCCAAGCGCGAGUCCGGUCCCGCCUGCUCCGUCGGUCCUCUCGCCUUCGGUCCAGCCUGCGGCCUCAGCAGCAUACGCCAACCUUCUCCAGCCUGCCGCGCCCGCGCCUGCUGCAGCAGGAUCAUCCGGCAUCGACCUCUCGCUCCUCUCGAAACUCACGGCCUCAGGCGCGCUCGCGAACCUCUUCUCUCCCUCCGCUGCUUCGACUCCCCCGCCGGGUAUCAAAGUUGAAGAUGAGGGCGGGAAGAAGGUGAAGGUUGAAGAUGAGACGGUCACGAAAGCUGAGAGGGAUGAGAUGGCGGCUGCUUGGGAGGAGGAGAUCCUUCGCUUGGGAGUGGGGCUGACGAACGCCGAUCUCGUCGUGCCCCGCCCACAAGCACUCGCCCUCCUCACCCUGUCCCUCCCUCUCCAAUGCAACCAAUGCGGCCUGCGCCUCUUCGAUUCGCGCCAAGGCAAGCACAAGAUGGACCAACACCUCGAUUGGCACUUCAAGUAUAAGAAGAGGAUGAGGGAGGCGAGUGGAAGGGCGAGCGGGAGGAAUUGGUUCACCAAGGAGGAGGACUGGUACUCGUCAGACGACUCUCAUGCCUCAUCCGCCGACCCCUCCUCCUCCUCACUCGCGCCGACCUCCUCCGCACCGUCCAUCGACCGCGCCGCGCUGAAGAAGCACAAAGUUCCCGUCCCCGCAGCCGGAAGCGACGCCGCGAACCUCGGGUUGGGCGACAAGCCGUGCCCGAUCUGUCAGGACCGGUUCAAGAGCGAGUGGAGCGAUGAGGAGGAGGAGUGGGUUUGGUGGAACGCGACGGUUGUGGAUGGGGUGCUCUACCACGCGACUUGUCACGCCGAAGCCGCCCUCUCACGCGCCGCCAAUCCCCCUCGUACCGCCACAACUUCCGUCCGCACCUCGCGCGAGUCGACGCCGCUCGCUUCUCGCAAGCGAAAGGCCGAUAGUGUCGGACCGUCGCCUGUCAAGCAGGAGCACGAUGCGGGGGCAGGAGUUGGAGAGUUUGCGAGGGUCGAGGAGGUGAAGGAGGGUGAGGAGCCGGAGGCGAAGAGGAUCAAGAGCGAGCCUGAGGUGGAGGAGGCGGAGCAGCAGGCGAGCUUGAGUCAGGGAACAGGAGGGCUGUUCUUGCCUGAGCUUGAGCAGGAGCAGGAGGAAGCGACGGCGGGUGAGGCGGCGGAGGCGUCGACGGCUGCGUAG